AUUCAGUUCGAUUUUUUGGUUCUGGUGUUUUUUGCCGAGGACUAACUCUGAUAUCAAAACAUUUGUUGUAGUGGUUUAUACAAUUACCAACCCAUGGGCCUGUAGAAGGCCCAACGAAUAUAACUCGGCUGGAGUUUCUUCCAAGCCACCGUCGACUUUACUUACUUUCUCCCUGCUCCGUCUCUCAGAUUUCUCCUCCGUUCUCCUCGAAAAAAGCUCCAAACAUCACUCCACAAACCCUACUCUUCCGAUGUCGAUCUUCGAGUACAAUGGAAGUGCAGUUGUAGCUAUGGUGGGGAAGAACUGCUUCGCCAUCGCCAGUGAUCGAAGGCUCGGUGUGCAGCUUCAGACAAUCGCCACCGAUUUCCAGAGAAUCUCCAAGAUCCACGAUCGCGUCUUCAUCGGACUCUCUGGUCUCGCCACCGAUGUUCAAACACUGUACCAGCGCUUGGUGUUUCGCCAUAAGCUGUACCAGCUUCGUGAGGAGAGAGACAUGAAGCCUGAAACUUUCGCCAGUCUCGUCUCUGCCAUUCUUUACGAGAAGAGAUUUGGUCCUUACUUAUGCCAACCAGUGAUUGCUGGACUGGGAGAAGAUGACAAGCCCUUCAUCUGCACCAUGGACUCCAUUGGAGCCAAGGAGUUGGCUAAAGAUUUUGUUGUAUCCGGAACUGCUUCAGAAUCACUUUAUGGUGCCUGCGAAGCUAUGUACAAGCCUGAUAUGGAAGCGGAGGAACUGUUUGAGACGAUAUCGCAAGCACUUCUAUCGUCAGUUGACCGUGAUUGUCUGAGUGGUUGGGGAGGUCAUGUCUACGUUGUAACACCAAAUGAGAUUAAAGAGAGGAUCCUAAAGGGAAGGAUGGAUUAAUCUGAUCAGCUAUAUCAUCUUCAUCUGCUUCUAUCCAAGUUGUUGUUUUUUCUUUGUAAACUGGUUUUAAGUAGAAUAACCAUCGCAUCCCGGUUUAAGCAUAGAACCAUUUCUUCUUUGAGAUUAUGACUUCGGUAUGAAAUUUGAUUUUCUAUUA